AUGCAUGCCAGUGAGUCAGAUGUUCCACAAAUUGAAGCAAUGCUUGCACAUCUUCGCGAGUGUGAACUCGAUUUAACUGUAUUUCAAAAACGUAAUGAUGGUAUACCUGUCAUACCUAUCUUUUAAUGAUUUUUAAUAUAAUUUUUCUAAGGAAGAUCGAUUCCUGCUGACGGAACAUCUAAAAUGCACCCUUUAAAACACUUUGUGAUUACAUUGGCUGCUGUGGUAACGAUAAAAGGAGGUAAGGAGACUGUUUUAAAAUCACCCAGCAGAGGUGCAGUUCUUUUUAUGUUAUUGCUUAAUGCUUUUAAAAUAUUGAAGUCCAAAGAGGAACAAGUAGAAAGGCUUUAGCUUCUAGUGGCUACCAAAUAUUAAUUUAUUUAUUCAAAAUCAGUAUUUAUCCCGGAGCAUGCAAUUUGGCAGGGCUAGUUUAAAUGGACCCCUGGCACAAACAAAACAAGCACAUUAAGACAUUAACGACACUAGAUAAUUAAUUAGGUUAUAAAUGCAACAUGAACAGGUAUUACUGUCUAAGAUGGCUUUUGAGCAUUCUAAAGCUUCCUUGGUAGUUAGGAGUUUUCGCAAGAGGAGUACGCAGCAAGUCAGGUUUCUGGUGUUGUACCCAUGAACUUGGUGCGCCUGUCCAAACUUCGAAAGUAUUAAGCUUCAUAGAGACACUUUUUUUUCCAAAACAGACGGCAUGCAAUCAUCUUUCUCAAUAUUUUGUAGACGUUCUUGCUUUCCUUGCCUAUUGUUUAUUUCCGAAAUAUAUGGCCGAAUCAUAAAACCUACAAUGAAUCUAAUUUCCAAGCUCGUAUUGACUCUCCAAAAUCAGGGUAGCAUUAACUUGUAAACAUAUUGUAUUUAUAAGUAACAGACUGGGUAUUAUGUCAAUGUCAAAUUACUUCAGUAAAUGUUGAUCAUUCUCUUGGCUUAACACAGUUACUACAAGCUGCCACUGAUAGUAAUAAUCCAUUCAUUCUCUCGUAUCUUCAGGCUUAUCAGCCGGGCGCAUGGCAUUUCGUUAUCAUGGACACUCGAUGACCGGACACAAAUUUCAGGAUAAAAUCACAACGGAUGAAAUACGGAGACCAAGUAUAAUAAACAAAGAUAACGCCUUUUCCAGUUUUGCUUAUAAUAUCCCUGUGCGACAUAAGUUGCGUUCUUUGCAUUUAAGGAAGUUUGCAGCGAAUUAUGGGAAAAGGACUGUCCAUGGGACAGAGAAUGUAUCUAACGUACAAAUCGAAAGGGUUGGACAGCCGCUUUCAUCCUACGCCACCACAGAUCCUAAAGAAAUCACAGGCGUCAGACAAGCGUUCAAGUUGCCAAAUAAUUCCAUAAGUGGAACUACUGGAGCAGGGCAAAUGAAUAACGUAAAAAUCGAAAGGGUGGGACGACCACUUUUAUCCCAUACUACCACGAAAUUUAAAAAAAUCAAAGACACGAGACAAUCACUCAAUUUACUAAAUGAUUCCAUAACUGUAACUACUGGAAAAGGGCAUAUGAAUGACGUAGCGUACGAAAUGGUUGGACAACCUCUUUUCCAACAAUCUGGCACAAAACUAAAAAAAAUCGAAGAAAUGAGACAUCAAUCCAAGAUACGAAACUAUUCGUCAAUUGGAAUUUCGUCUCCGGAAAUUGUUAAGACGGGAAAGCCAUUGAUGUUGCUCCCAGAAAACGAUAAUUCUGGCAGCCUAAAUCAUGGUAGGAACCCUAGUGGAAAGGAUAUGGAAUUUGAAGACGAUCACGAUGAUGAAUUUGCCAAAGAAAGCUACAAGGUAAACACCUCGGACGGUAACAGAAUUGACUAUAACCCUCCCGCAAAUUCUUUACAAGCACAUCAGCCUGGCCAAGGAAAGUCAAAUCCCGUCACUACAGUCACUAAAGUGAACGCUCCAUUUAGUAGUAAACAAAGGAAACAACAGCCACCUAGUAAUAUGCUAGAUUCUUUUUUGGCAAGUGUACACAAUACAACUACCUCCUCCAGUUUACAGGGUUUUAAGAAUCCUAUCAAACAGCAGGUAAAUCAGUCAAAUGACAAGCCAACAAGCAACGUAUCAGGUAAUGGAUAUUUUCAAAAUACGACUAUUCCUCAAGGCGAGAGCAGAGUGCCGGUAAUAAACCUGAACUUUAGUCAAAAGAAUUUGGGAAAUUUCUAUGGAGGUGGACGAAGUAGCAAAGUCUUAGGAGUAAAUAGUGUGGACGAAAUUGCGAAGGGGACAUCUGCAUCUGCAUCAUCAUCUGCUUCUACUUCUGUGGGAAUGAGUCCAACAGAGGUAAAUACACAAGAAAUGACACCAGUAAAUCAACAAUUAAAAUACGGAGAAGGAGAACAGACGGUGGCAUCAGACAAACCUAUUUACUUGGAGGAACAAGUUCUGCAAGAAGGACAAAACAAAGGGGCAUCAUUUACAAAUUAUCGAAUAAGUAACAUAAAAGACCAUGAACAGAGUGAAGAAAAUACCGAGCGGUACAACGGUGAUUCCAACGACCUGAUGUACAAUUUUCAAAGGGACGAUGAUAAAAACAACGAGGAAGACGAUCAGGGAGGCUUCUUACCGGGAUUCCAAUAUGCUGCUAACUACCUGUCCUCUCCACCUUCUGUCCAGGGUUACAUGCCCGUUGAUGAGUUUGGAUCCCCCUUUUAUGGAAACGAGACAGGUAAAUUAUCCCUUAUCAGUGCGAGUAGUAUAUUUAACUAUUCUAACCCAACACAAUAGGACACUUCAAGAACCCUGGAGCCAUAGCAUGUUCCAUAACAAUCAGUGACGAUUGAUUUUAUACUCAGGCAAGUUAAGGCAUGGGUUGAUCCAAGUAAAGGAUUUCACAAAGACAUGAUAAGACAUAUCUCACUAAAAUAGUUCUGAAAAAUUUAUUCCAAACAUCACGUGACAUUCCUUGGUCCAUGACGUCACAAAACCUGUUUUCUCAAACGGGGUAACGUUGUUUAGCUUCAGCCUAAAAAUGCUUGUCAUCAAAUUGUCAGCUUAACUGUCUGUAUUGUCAAUAACCUUUGCAAGGUGGAUUAAAGCAUUUUUAUUAGAGUUAUUAAAGUCUUUUAUGAAUCACGUGACCUGUUUUUCUUUAUUUCGUAAUCCUUGCUCUACUUAGGCAUACAUGCGGUGCUAGUUCAUAAUAUCCAGGCCAUGGGAAAAACACUGGUGCCUAAGAAUAUUUGCUGCUCUUUCAUUUCCUUUCCCCCGUUUUAAUUUGAACACUUUGCAGGUCAACGGUCAUUUGCAGGUCACGUGACUAAUAUUUCAACAGUGGAUAUGUCACAUAUUGUUAAGGCCACCGAGCUAAAACUGUUUGCCAAGUUUCAUAUGACGACUGAUCAAAACAAUCCGUUUCAAACGCCACUUCGUCAAAGUAUGCAAAUUAUGAGGUGGCCCAUGCCUUAACAUGACUGUAACGAUGCAUGAUUUCCUUCCUGGAUAUUUAGCUUACACUUAAAGCUGAUACGUUACUACGCAGCGAAAUGGCUAACGAUAGACCUUGACAGAUACCUCAUUUUGCAAAUCUUGAGCAAUCCUGAUAGGGGUACCCGCGAAAAAAACAAGUAACAUUUUUGACAAAAUCCACUGCCAAUUUUGCUAUUCACCUCUACUCUUUGCAGAUUUGUCCCCAGCCAUUUGUGGAAAGUUAGCCGGCCAAAAUGCCAUGCGAAAGCUGACAAAAAUAUAAAAAACUGGCUAUUUCCAUGCGAACGUGGGCAAAACACUGGCUAUCAAAAAAGGAAUAGAUCGAAAAAGAUUGCAAAAAUUGGCCUCUGCGCAUACACAUAGAAGCUGGAACAUGUGCCCUUAUCGUUUUAAAUCACUUUUUAGCAUCUAACGCAAAUAGACCGACAGACGGUCCAGAAAGGUUGUCUUAGUAAAAACGUGUUUUUUUGUUGGCAGUAGCCAAAGGAUUAACCUUUCCCAGAAGCCCAUAAUUACACGAGUAACCGUAUACUGAAACGGGAUUGAGAAACUGAACAAGAUUAUUUUACACGAUCGAACUUAUUGACAUUUCUAUCGUGUUGGGGUGUAGAUGAAUAUUUUCAACGAGAAGCUCUCAUGGCACACAACAAAUACCGCUCUGUCCACAACGCACCACCUCUAGAACUUGACCCGCAGUUGUCUAUAGAGGCCGAACAACUUGCCCAACUACUAACAAAACCAGACGGUGCCCGCAAAAAAGUUGAUAUGGAGAAUGAAGGCGAAAAUAUAGCGAGAGGGUGCAGUGAGUGGGGUGGCCUAACGGCGAGUGGCGCAGUACACCGUUGGUAA